CUGCUCCGUCUCGGCGCAACCACAGACACGUGUGACCAGGCCGGCCGCUACCCCAUUCACUUUGCCGCCGUCGGUUCCACUACGGCCAACUUUGCCGCCCUGCGUGACGCCAACGCCAAUCUCUACGCACGUGACAACGCUGGCCGCACGCUUGUGCACUUCGCCAUCGUCAGUGGGAACAUGGACCUGCUCCUCUGUGUGCUGCAGGCCACCACCGGCCUGCUCCACCAACCCGAUGCCGACGGCUGGACUCCGCUACACUACGCCGCCACCUUCCACAACCUCUCCAACCUC